ACAAAUUUCCCCUUCUCACCUCAAGAUGGCUUUUGAUGAGAGCUACGAUGUCGUAGUCGUCGGCGGAGGGAAUGCCGGGUUCUCUGCGGCCACUACCGCAGCGCAAUACGGUGCUCAGGUCUGUCUAGUUGAGAAAGCCCCCCUCGAGGAUGCGGGUGGAAAUACAUUCUACACGGCAGCUGCAUUCAGGUGUUGCUUCGACGGCUUGGAAGACUUACUACCAAACCUCUAUCAGAGGAACGGCACAAAAGGCUUGCCGCAAAGCCUUAUUAGUAGGAUCGAGAUGGCGCCUUAUACAAAGGCUGAUUUCCACGCAGAUAUUAAUCGAGUUACGAAAGGAAGGGCGGAUCCGAUGCUUGCUGAUCUGCUGGUGGAUAACUCGAGGGAAGCAGUGCAGUGGUUGAUGGAUAACGGUGCUCACUUCGUGCUCUCGUUUAAUAGGCAAGCGUACUUCGUCAAUGGGAAGUAUAAGUUCUGGGGUGGGAUGGUUUUGAAUAUGGCUGGCCAAGGCAAGGAGCUGUUCGAAUUUCAUCUAAACACUGCGAAGCAACAUGACGUGGUAGUUCGCUUCAGCUGUCCAGCAGUCGAUUUAAUCUCUGACUCAACGACAAACGAGGUCAUCGGUUUGAAAAUUCUCAGGGAAGGAAAAGUGGUAACCAUUGGUGCUAGAGGCGGAGUUGUAUUGGCGAGUGGUGGUUUUCAAGCGUCUCCGGCAUUGCGUGCUCAAUAUCUAGGUCCCGGUUGGGACUUAGCUCAUGUUCGCGGAUCAAAAUACAAUACUGGGGAUGGCCAUACUAUGGCAAAGAAGGUCGGAGCGAGGCUAGACGGCAACUAUUCGGGUUGUCACUCAGUUGCCUGGGAUGCUAAUUCACCUCGUGCAUCUGGAAAUCGUAUAUUGACGAAUCAGUAUACCAAAUCAGGUUACCCUCUCGGUAUCAUGGUAAAUAUCGAUGGCAAGCGAUUUGUAGACGAAGGUUUCGAUCUACGUAACUUCACAUACGCCAUCUUUGGGAAAGAGAUCCUGAAACAGCCCCAGGGGAUCGCGUUCCAAGUCUGGGAUAGAGACGGGAGCAUGCUUCUACGGCAUGAGGAGUACGCCGACGAUGUUACUAUGAAUAUAAGAGCCGAAACACUUGACCAACUUGCCGACAUACUUAUGGAGAGAGGACUUAAAGAUAGGAAACGAUUCCUCGAGACCAUCGCCGAGUUCAACGAAGCGUGUAAGAGCUUCCAGCGAGAACAUCCCGAGAAGAAGUUCGACCCGAGCGCGAAAGAUGGCAUGUCGACGCAAGGCACAGAGAGGUCUUUGCCUAUAGGUAAGACGAACUGGGCCGCGCCUAUUGAACAUGGUCCCUUCCAAGCCGUCGAGGUGACGUGCGGAAUCACGUUUACGUUCGGGGGGCUGGCGGUCACGUCUAGAGCGGAGGUUAUUAGCGAGCUUACUGGGAAUAAGAUACGAGGUCUUUGGUGUGCGGGCGAGUUGCUCGGAGGUUUGUUCUGGGAUAAUUAUCCUGGGGGUAGUGGAUUAACUAUGGGCACGGUGAUGGGGAUGAUCGCGGGGAGAGAAGCUGCUGAGAGAGCAGACUUCGUGGUUAGGACAAUGCCGAAUAAAUUUCAGUUAUUAGGAAGAUAGGGGUAGUAUUUGACUACUCGCGCAGCCCUAUUGCAAUAACUGCUUGUCUGCGGCAUAACAAAAGGGGUUAUAGGGGAUGAUGUGGCAGAAAAUAGGUAGGCUAUCUACAGCACGGCGGUUAUCUAUCUUGUUAUAAUCGAAUUACUUUACAUAUAUGUUGCUUGGAUACCUUCUUCAUAUUGCAGAGGAUUCGAAUAUUAAUUAGUACCUCUCA